UUUUAUAGUAUUUAUCCUGAUGUUCAGUUUUGUUACCCUUCCCAGCAUCAUUUCUAAAUAUGAAAUUUUCAACAGUAGCUUUGAUAGAAUCCCCACAAGAAGCAUAGAGCCUCACUGCACGGUUUAUGCACCUAGUGGUAAUAAGGGUCUUGUUUACUUCUAUGCUUACUUCAACGAUUUGCUCACUGGCGCUGGAUUCCUGGAAAUGACAAGUUUGUUUUAUGGCUAUUACGCAAUAGAUUCUGCAUGGAUCGGUACCUUUAGGUACAACUUACCACUAGCAUACCUGCUGACUACGUUUGCUUACCUUGCAUUAAGUUUCCUCUGGAUAAUAAAAAGGUGUGUGGAAGGAUUUAAGCAGAACUUGGUGCAUGAUGAAGAUCAAUUUCAGAGUUACUGUAACAAAGUCUUUGCAGGCUGGGACUUCUGCAUUACAGAUCUAAAUGCAGCACGGCUAAAACAUCGCAGCUUGCAAUAUGAGCUCAAAACAGAUUUGGAAGAAGAAAGACUGAAGCAAAAAGUAGCUGACAGGACAGUGAAAGACAAGCUACGCAUCUACUCUCUGAGAAUAUUUAUAAAUAUAGUUGUCCUCGCAGUUUUAUCAGGAUGUUUUUACUCUAUUUAUAGAGCAACUGUCUUCUCUCAGGAAAAUAUCUCUAAUAAUGGCAGCAAUAUGAAAUUUGAGGCUAAUCUCUUGGUACAGUAUUUGCCUUCCAUAGUGAUCACGUUGGCCAACUGCAUUGCUCCUCAGAUCUUUUCAGUUCUAAUCAGACUUGAAGAUUAUUCACCAGCCUUUGAAAUCAGGCUGACGCUGCUGAGGUGUGUCUUUAUGCGGUUGGCCAAUAUCGGUGUUCUCUUAGUCUCGCUAUGGAGUCAGAUCUCCUACUGUGCCACUGACAAGUGUAAUGCUUGUGGAUACAAUUACGAACUCUAUCCUUGCUGGGAAUCUCAAGUUGGUCAAGAAAUGUAUAAAUUGUUGAUAUUUGAUUUUAUUAUAAUUUUUGCUAUGACUCUAUUUGUGCAUUUUCCUAGAAAGUUGUUAGUUACUUGCUGCUCUUGUAAGCUGGUUCAGUGGUGGGGUUUGCAGGAAUUUGGAAUUUCUGACAACGUCCUGGAAAUCGUUUAUGGGCAGACCAUCUGCUGGAUUGGAACCUUCUAUUCACCACUUCUUCCAGCAAUAGCAACCAUGAAAUACUUUAUCGUCUUUUAUAUUAAAAAGAUUAGUUUGAUUCACACAUGUAAACCUUCAGCAAGGCCUAUCAGAGCAUCAAGUUCCAAUUUUUUCUUUUUGCUGGUGCUGUUGAUUGGGCUCCUCUUGGCUUUUAUCCCUUUGGGAGUCAGCAUAGCACAUAUCCCCUCCUCUAAGGCAUGUGGGCCAUUCAGGAAUUUUAACACUUCUUGGGCAGUUGUUCCAGAUACCAUACUUGGGUUUCCAGCUGGUUUGCAGAAGUUCCUUUAUGGUAUAGCGUCAGAAGCCUUUGCGGUGCCUUUUUUUAUGGUUAUCUGGUGCGUACUCUGGAGACCUGGUUUAGUCGUGCAGCUGCAUGGUUCAUUUCCUUCCUUACUGAACAGAUACCGCAAGUAUUAGACCGGACUUGCUCUCUGCAGUCAGAGGCAUCACAGCCCAUAUCAAGUUCUUAUGUCUUUGCCCAUUACUCACAUUCCUUAGCUUUAUUCCCUUUCCUCCUAGAUGUCCCAUAUCCCUCACUUGUCUUUCUCAAAAGCAUUAGCUACCAAUCAUUCUGCAGAUCUGGUAUUCACAAAUCCUGUCCACAAGCCUUGGUUUAAAAAACAGUCAUUCUAGAAGGUAAAAUUCAAUGUAGAAUCAUAGAAUGGUUAAGGUUGGAAGGCAUCUCUGGUUAUUACCUAGUGCCUUGCUCAAAGCAGGGUCAGCUAGAGCCGGUUUGCCCGGGUCCAUGCUCAGUCGGGUUUUGAAUAUCUCCAGGGAUGGAAAUUGCCCAGCUUCUCUGGGCAACCUGUUCCAGUGAUUGA